AUGUUGGGUGACGUGCAGAUCGGCAUCCAGGCAGAAAAGCAACAGGACCACACGUGCCCGUUCUUGGUCCAACCACUGAACCAUGGCGACCCAUCAACCCCUAACGACUACCCACUUUACCCGAUCUUUCCUGCUUCCUACCGCACCACGUCGGAAAACUUAGCAGACACGGACCAGUGUGCGUGUGGACAAGCGAGAGAGACCGUGGAACACUUCCUAUUUCGAUGUCAAAAAUGGACAGCGCACCGAACUGAACUACUACAAUGUAUCAACACCCACCGAGGAAAUAUAUCCUUCUUCCUGGGAGGAAAGUCGCCUUCCGACGAUCAGAAGUGGACGCCGAACUUAGAGGCGGUCCGGGCCUCAAUACGAUUCGCCAUGGCCACGGGCCGACUCGAGGCCACCUAA